AUGGGGAAAGAUCAAUUGCAGGUCCUGAACGCGCUUGACUCAGCCAAAACACAAUGGUACCACUUCACCGCCGUCAUCAUCGCCGGGAUGGGUUUCUUCACGGACGCCUACGAUCUCUUCUGCAUCUCCCUCGUCACCAAGCUUCUGGGUCGCAUUUAUUACCACCACGAAGGUGCUCUGAAGCCCGGAAUUCUGCCCCCGGGCGUUUCCGCAGCCGUGAAUGGAGUGGCACUCUGCGGCACCCUUGCCGGCCAGCUCUUCUUCGGCUGGCUGGGCGACAAACUCGGCAGGAAGAAAGUCUACGGCAUGACGCUGAUGCUCAUGGUGAUCUGCUCCGUCGCGUCGGGGCUCUCCAUGGGGAAAGACCCCAAAGCAGUAAUCACCACGCUCUGCUUCUUCCGAUUCUGGCUCGGGUUCGGGAUCGGCGGCGAUUACCCGCUCUCCGCCACCAUAAUGUCUGAGUACGCCAACAAGAAGACCAGGGGAGAUUUCAUCGCGGCGGUGUUCGCGAUGCAGGGCUUCGGCAUCCUCGCCGGCGGGCUGUUUGCCAUCGUCGUCUCCACCUCGUUCAACGCCAGGUUCAAAGCUCCGGCUUACAGAGACGAUGCGGACGCCUCGACACCCCCGCAGGCGGAUUACGUGUGGCGGAUCAUUCUAAUGGUGGGUGCUCUGCCCGCAGGGCUCACCUACUAUUCGAGGAUGAAGAUGCCGGAAACCGCCCGCUUCACUGCGCUCGUGGCCAAGGAUGCGAAGCAGGCUGCGGACGACAUGGCGAAAGUUCUGCAGCAAGAAAUUGAAGCAGAGGAGCACAAAGUGGAGCGAAUUGCGGAGGACGAGGCCACCGCGUACGGACUGUUCUCCAAGGAAUUCCUCCGCCGCCACGGAACCCACCUGCUGGGGACGACGACGACUUGGUUCUUGCUGGACAUCGCCUUCUACAGCCAGAAUCUGUUCCAGAAGGACAUCUUCAGCGCGAUCGGGUGGAUCCCGCAGGCCGAGACGAUGAACGCGACCGAGGAAGUGUUCCGAAUCGCCAGAGCGCAGACCCUGAUCGCGCUCUGCAGCACGGUGCCGGGUUACUGGUUCACGGUGGCGCUGAUCGAUAAGAUUGGGAGGUUCUCGAUCCAGCUGAUGGGGUUCUUCUUCAUGACCGUGUUCAUGUUUGCUCUGGCGAUCCCAUACGACCACUGGACUCACAAGGAGAAUCGGAUUGGGUUCGUGGUGAUGUACUCGCUGACCUUCUUCUUCGCGAAUUUCGGACCCAACGCGACGACGUUCGUGGUCCCCGCGGAGAUAUUCCCGGCGCGGGUGAGGUCGACGUGCCACGGGAUAUCGUCGGCGUCAGGGAAGCUUGGAGCGAUGGUUGGGGCGUUCGGAUUCUUGUAUCUGGCACAGAACAAGGACAAGUCCAAGGCGGAUGCAGGGUACCCUGCGGGGAUUGGGGUGAAGAAUUCGCUCAUUGUGUUGGGAUUCGUCAACUUGCUGGGGCUUCUGUUUACGUUCUUGGUGCCGGAAUCCAAGGGGAAGUCGCUGGAAGAGAUGUCCGGAGAAAACGAGGAAGACGAGGCUGCAGCUUCUAAUGGGAAUAGGACUACUGUCACAAUUGCUUAA